AGUCGCCGAGCGCCCGGCCCGGCCGAUCGGAUCGGGCACGCACCGGCGCAGAUUAUCGCAGAUUUCAGGGCUGAGAGAGGCAGAACGAGUACAAACGGCAACGUCGAAACCAUUUUUGUGUUCAUUUUGGUGGAAAUGGCUAUUCAGGACGUUUGGAACCGCCUGAGGCAGUUUGAUGCCUACCCUAAAACUCUCGAAGAUUUCCGAGUCAAAACAUUCGGAGGAGCUGCAGUGACCAUCGUAAGCAGUAUCAUUAUGAUCACACUGUUCAUAUCAGAACUGAAUUUCUAUCUUACAAAAGAGGUUAUUCCAGAGCUUUAUGUGGACGCAACUAGAGGCGAGAAACUCAAAAUCAAUAUGGAGAUAGUAUUCCCCAAAAUGGCUUGUGCUUAUCUUAGUAUUGAUGCGAUGGAUAUAUCAGGCGAACAGCAGUUAGAUGUAGAUCAUAACAUCUUCAAGCGAAGGAUUGACAAGACCGGAACUCCUAUUAGUGAAGCUGAGAAGGAGGAACUAGGAAAGAAAGAGGAGGAAGAAUCAGAAAAGAAAGAAGAGGACCAGAAAGAAGAGAAGAAAGUAUUAGAUCCAAAUCGAUGUGAGAGUUGCUAUGGUGCAGAAACAGCCGAUUUAAAAUGUUGCAAUGAUUGUGAAUCAGUACAGGAAGCUUAUCGUAGGAAAGGUUGGGCUUUCAGUGAUCCUUCCAACAUAGAGCAGUGUAAGCGGGAGGGCUUUGCCGAGAAGAUGCAAUCCCAGAAGGAGGAAGGCUGUGAAGUAUUUGGGUAUCUAGAAGUAAACAAGGUUGCUGGUAAUUUCCACUUUGCUCCAGGAAAGAGUUUCCAACAGCAUCAUGUCCAUGUUCAUGAUUUACAACCUUACUCAGGAGGAAAGUUUAACAUGACACAUCACGUCAAAACAUUGUCAUUUGGAAUGGAGUAUCCUGGCAUGGAAAAUCCUCUUGACAAUACAAAGAUCAUUGAUGUUAAAGGUUCUUCCAUGUUUCAGUAUUUCGUCAAAAUUGUUCCUACCACGUACACCAAACUGGACCAAUCUAUAACGAGAACAAAUCAGUAUUCCGUCACAAAACAUGAGAAGCAAGUAACAACAUCGUUUUCAACGGGAGAACAUGGUUUACCGGGUGUCUUUGUUCUAUAUGAACUGUCUCCACUUAUGGUUAAAUAUAAAGAAGUAAAUAGAUCAUUUAUGCAUUUCUUAACUGGAGUAUGUGCUAUCAUAGGGGGAGUUUUUACAGUUGCUGGACUGAUUGAUUCCAUGAUUUACCAUUCAGCUAAAGCAAUACAGAAGAAAAUUGAGCUUGGGAAAGCUUUAUAGCACUUCAUCUAUUGUUUUCUAGGCAUAUGUACCAUUUCUUUACAUGUAUGUUCUCCAUGAAAUAAUCAUGGUUCUUAAGGAGAAUGAAACCCUGGGAGAACAAUUGAAAGGUAUAAAACUGACAAAUCCAGAAAGUUAGACUAUUUUAAUGCUGAUGUCAUUAAUUCUACAAAGAUCAUCCCAUUGGCAUUAAGACCAAGAUGUGUGAUGUCACACAUGAACAAUUUCCUCAUUAAUUUUGUAGGUUUCACUUAAAAAUUUUAUGAAGUAUAUCUAUAGAUCAUGUUUUCUUUCAAGUGCAAGGAUUUACUGCAAUAGAAGUUUUACACAAUACGUACAUCAUGGACAAAUAGCUGGAGCUAAAUUAGAAUAAGCAAAACGAUAUUUUUAAAUUACUUUUUUUAAUGUAUCAAAUGAGAGAGCUGUUCAUGUGUGACACAUCUUGGUCACUUUGCCAAUGAGAUCUCCAUAGCAUUAGCAUUCUCGACAUUCAAAUGCUCCUAACUUUUAAUUCAGAAGUGAGAAGAAAACAAAAAUUAUAAGAAGGCCUAUAUGAAGGUUUUUCAAAAUAUGCUGGCGCCACCCUGGCUUUCUUGUUGCAUGUCUAAUUUUCACUGUAUUUAUUUCAUUGUAUUUUAUUCCUCAAGGGUUUCAUUCUCUUUAAUUCCUUCAAGAUAUUUUUAUAGGAUUUGCAUCCUAAAGGAGCAGUCACAUUUGGACAUCUUAGCCAGGGUAUGCUGACAUUCCGUAUGUUUGGCCAGCCGUUUUCCCUUUUAAUCUUGUUUCUUAUCAAGCAUUCCAUUCUUUAUAUUAAGAACUGCAAUUUGUUUACACAAAAUAUCAAGAAUUCAAAUUCUUCAUAUGAAGAAUCAUUUAUGUAGUAAACAAAAGGCGAUUCUCGAUAUCGAUUUGGGAUUAAGAAAAUGACUUGCCAUAGCCUAGUUAUAUCAGCAUACACUGGCUAAAAUGUUCAAGUGUGACUGCACCUUUAUUUUCCUACUUUUUGCUCUUAUUUAUUAAGGUUCAGUUGUAAUAAGUCUUCAUAGAAGAAAACUUAAAAUGAAAGUUAUUAAUGGCAGUUGGCAACUUUGUCCAAGAGUUAAAUUCACUGAUUCAGCUGGUAAUUCAUUCACAUUUGCACUCCUAGAUUAGGGAUGGCUGGAGCUCAGGCCAAGUGGUCAGUUAUUUACCAAAACAAAAUGGAGAUGAUUUCAUGCUAAGGGUACCAUCGUUAACCACUGUUAAGUAUUCUUCAGGCAGGCAUGGUUCCUGUGUCACGUGCCACUGAGAUGGGCCAACAGGGCCAAAUUUGCUGUCUACCAGCUGGGUGCUCUCAAGCUUGCUGUAUGGCAAAUAUUAUUUUUCAUCUUUUAACGUAGUUAUUGAGUUACAUGUCAUCCAAAAGUUUAGGUAUUGUUGAUUAGGCUUGUACACUGCACCUUUAAUUCUGGCAGAAGCAAAUUUUCUUACUAGAAAUAAAGUUGUUUCAUCCCUUUAAAAUUUAGUCUUAUGCACUUGGACAGAAUCCGGCCACUCCCUGCACAGCACUUCAAAGAAAUAAGCAAAACUCUCAAAUAAAUUUGAGUUGAGUUUCUAACAGUACCAAAUGUUAAUGUUUAUAAUAGAUUGCCUUUUGGACAUUCCAGUAUUGAAGCACUCAUUCCCAAAUACUAAGCGUGAAAGGGAGCUAUUUGACGAUAUGUUGAGACUGAUUUUAGUGAUGUUUUCAGAUAAAGGCGGGGAGGGUCUCAAUGAGGCAUGUACGUCAUCUACAAGAAAACGUACUAUCAUAUGAAUUUUAAGUGAUCAGUUUUUAAAGGGCUAUUUUCUUUUGACCUAGGGGUUAGCAUUGGUUUAUUUAGGAAUUUUUUUACGUAAAGGUGUUGUGGAUCAGCAUCUUUUUAUUUUGAAUUAAGUCUGGAGGUAAAAUCUAACUGUACUGUCUGCCACUCCCCACCCAGGUUACAUGAAUUAGUACCUGGUGUAUUUUCAAAGAAAUUAAAUAAAUACUGGAGUGCCUUAUGAUGGUAGCCGUGCAAAAGGUGGGGUAAUGAUAUUGUCAGCACUUGGAAAAAUGUGUUAUUUAAGCAGAUUACAAAUGUUACACUUAGUUGGAUUUUUAUUUUUCAACUACAUGAGAAAAGUAGCUUAUCAUACUGUAGUUGAAUGUUAACCAGUGUAUACCAUAUGUAUCAAAAGUUGGUAUAAUGCAUCAUUGAUGAAAUAGGAUUAAAUGUCAUAAUGGACUGUGAUACUUAUGUUGCUGUACACUGGCUAUAACGUCCUGGGGGGUGUUUCAUCAACAUUUUCAUCCGACAAGUUGUCAGAUCUGACAUCUUUUUCUAAUGUUGAUUGGCUGAGAGGUACUGUUACUAUGGUAACUGUUGGAUAAAAUGGGACUUGUCGGAUAAAACGUCCGACAAGUCCUUUCAUGAAACGCCCCCCAGGUCUUACAGCCCCAUUAGCUUCCAAGAAUUCAUGAACUGCACAUAUGCAAUCAACCACAGAUUUUCACUUGAAAUCGGUGUCCUUUUUUAUAUAUAUAUUUUUUUUAACCCAAACAUCCUUUUUAAUCUCUGCAUGUGACAAAGGUUUUAUGACGCCCUUCUGACCUGACUGCUGCCAAAAUCUUUUUACUUACCAUAGCUGGUCUCAGUAAUUAUCUGUCCGUUUUAUCUCUACUUAUACAGUGCGUAGUGAACAGUGAAUUCUACUCUAUUUAUUAAGUUAUAAAUAUUUACAGCCCAGACCAUCCCUUUAAAAUUUUAACACAACCUUUACCCUUUUUGUGCCAACUGGAUCUGAGGACAUAACUAAAUCUAAACAAAAUCUUAUAUCAGACAUCUCCAACAUUUUUUUCACUUAGUUUUUAUCAUUUAAAGUGGGUUUACAUUUGUUUCUUCACACUUUUCCCAAGCUUGACAAUGAUUAACAAAAUGAAAAUCAAGCCUAAGCCAUUUCAUGAAAAUCACAGCUCAGUGUAAAGCAAAUAUAGUCACGAUGGCCUCAGUGUGUGGGGGAGCAGGGUGGGGUGCAAUGGCACUCUUCGAAGUGUUUUGGGCAAGGAAAUAAAUUUAAAAAGGUAAAAGAUAUCUUUCAAUAGCUAAAUUCUAUGUGUUCCUCAUGAUUAAGGUCUACUUUUAUUCGCAUAACUAUUUCAAAGUUCUGCGCAAAUCAUUUUUCACUAACUUUUCAAAAGUAAGUGGUGCUCACUCAAGCGGAAAUAUUUUUCGACAGUUAUAUCGUCAUUUGCUUAAAUGGAUCUGUACCAAUGUUAAAAUGUUGAAAAAUCUUCAGGAUAUUACAAAUGUAUACUUUUACAGGACUUUUUCGAAGUGUAAACUUUUUUUUGAUACGCACUGUAGUAUGUUCUUGGUUGAAAGAUAUUUUUUUAGGGAAUUCAAUUAUAAUAUCACAUUUUAUGUGUAUAUCGAUCAUGUGACAAAUAGUAAUUGGCAUUUUGUUUUUUUUAGAAAUGUAGUAAGUCCUUGGAUACUUGUAUCUAAGAGUGGAUAAAUUUAAUAACAUUCGAAUCUUUAUCCAAACAUUGGAUUUUGUUUCUUGGUUAAGCUGUUCUGCAGGUUUUUUUUCUAUUGUCUGUAAAGACAUUUCGUUUAACUUUUUCUGGUAGGUUCAAGAACAACUUUGAAGAAAAUAGAAUCAUCCAAUAAUAAGGCAAAAAGAGGCACAUACAGAUACUCAGGAUAUUUUAGCUGCAGGUGCAGAAAGGGUCUGAAAUUUAGUAUUUGCAUCAUUGUAUGAAUACAAUUUAAUAGAAGAAUUAUUCCUAUUUCCCCUUAACAAUUAUUUAAGAAGUUGUGUUUCCUUUAUGAUGAUAAAUUAUAAUAAAUCUUUUAUUCUUUUCAA